AUAAUUAAAGUCCUGAAGAAGUUACGCGAAUGUGCGCUUUUGGUUAUUUAUUGUUUUUCGCCCUAUUGUUGACAACCAUCCUGGUGCUGUCCAUCAUAUUUGCCACCACCUCGAAGCGAUCCAUGUUGGAUAGCUUAAUACUAGUAUUCAAUUAUACGCAGGAGGAGCAGCAGGAUCAAGACAUGCAGCAGGACUAUCAGCAGCAACCACAAAUGUUCUUGAAUCAGAAGAUAUUUUGAUUUUUUGUUAAAUUAUUUUUAAAUGCGAGACCCCGAUGAAAAACAAAUAUAAAUCACAAACUAAAACGAAACGCAAAAUUGGACUCUAGUGUUUGCUAGUAAAAGAAUUUCAUUCUUGGUUGCGUGGAAAUAACAUCUAACAAACAAAAAAGAAACAUAAAAAAGUG